GUAAAAUCCAUUUAAAGGGGGAUUAUGCUUUUACGUGUAGCGGCGAUAAGACCGAUAACAGCUUCCGUUCCUCAUAUUAUGCUUUUACCGGAUAUCAACAACAAUUUAUUUUCGUCUUGGUCUCGCUCAAUUAAUAUCUUAUUCCGCUUGUUCAAUUGCUACGUGAUGGAAACUGUAUCUUGGUGAUGUUCAUUUGAAUUUGAAAUUCGAACUAAGCUCUUAAUCGCUCCAACCGCCGUCAAUCGGAAACGCGCCCGUCAUGUUCGAAAAUCUCUGCACGUUACCUUUAAGCGCCGACCUCUUCACGCAGGCCGUACACCCGACAGAACCUCUCCUAGGAGUCGGUCUCGCGUCGGGACAUGUCCAAUGCUUCCGUCUCCCUUCCGCGGACCGGCUGAGCGAAGACGACGUCGACGUCAGCACCCUGUCGGACGGUAAAGCGACUAUCGACACCAUAUGGCGAACUAGGCGACACAAGGGCAGCUGCCGCACUCUAGCUUUUAGCAACGACGGCUCCGCCCUCUACUCGGCCGGCACGGAUUACCUCCUCAAACACUUUUCCCCGACGACCGGCCAAGUCGCCUCCAAGAUCGCUAUCCCGUCGAAGAAGUCGAUUCCGGAUUCCCCUUCGCUGCUCCACGUGCUCUCCCCUCAGACGCUGCUGCUUGCCUGCGACUCGGGCGCCCUGCACCUCCUCGACCUGCGGGACGGCGCGCUCGCGGCGUCGAAACCGCAGCAAACCCACUUCCCGCACGACGACUUCGUGUCGAGCAUCACUCCGCUCCCGCCCUCCGGCGAGAGCACGAGCGGAUACAGCAAACAGUGGAUCUCUACCGGCGGUACGACCCUAGCUGUCACGGACCUGCGGAGGGGCGUGCUGGUACGCAGCGACGACCAGGAGGACGAGCUUCUGUGCACGGCUUUCGUCGAAGGCAUGGGCCCCAAGAAGAACCGCGACAACGGCGUCGUGGCAGUGGGCACCGGCACGGGAGUCUUGACGUUAUGGGACAAAGGGGCCUGGGAUGAUCAGCAAGACCGCAUCGUCGUCGAUCCCAGAAAAGGAGGCGGCGAGAGCCUCGACUGCAUCGUUCAAAUCCCCGGCGACAUAGCGAGAGGGAAAAAGGUCGUCGUCGGCGUGGGAGACGGCAGCUUGCGCAUCGUCGACCUGGCGAAGAGAGAAGUCGAAGGCGGCCUGCGGCAUGACGACAUCGAGGCGGUGGUUAGUCUCGAUUUUGAUUGUCAAGGCCGAAUGAUCAGCGGCGGAGGGCAGACGGUGAAAAUAUGGGAAGAAUCAUCUCUGCGGGGCGGGGGGAUCGACGACGAAGACGAGAGUAGCGAGGCAGACGAAUCGGACGACGAUGACGAUGAUAGCGCUAGCGGCGAUAAUAGGGCAAACGGAAAUACGACGAAGCGUCAAGCAAACAAAGACUCGGACGACGACUCUGAUAGCGACGAAGGAACGAGCCGAAGUAAAAAGAAGAGGAGAAAAGGUAAAGCAAAUGUUGACCUCGGCCCUCACGGAGCCCACGGGGUCUUGCGCUUUAAGGGUCUGGAUUAGAUGGAUGAUACUCGCUGUAACCCGAGAUACCCAACUCCAAUGUGAAAUAUGUACUCGAAUCUAGGUAGUGUGCUUGAAUUGUCUCAAACUGAACCAGGAGGUACCUACAGAAGGUACAAAUGUAUUGUAUUCCUUAACGAUUAAAAUAAUUCGAGAAAAUACUACAUGAGAUCAACCAUUGGCUAAUGAUCGAUGUUUACAACGAUACCUAACCUUGGAAAUGUAACUUGAUCGGUCAUAUAUACUUGUGUUGGGGUACGUGCGGGGUAGUUUAAAACAUACUGCGG